CUCACCAAAUCGCUCCUGCUUAUCGAGUGCUCCGCAUGACAGUUGAGGUGUAUUUCGAUCACCUGUGCAGAUUCAUUUCGAUCGCACCGCUAAUUUCCGGGGUGAAUCCAUUGAUACCGAUGAUCGGAACUCAUCGGGUGAAUUGAAAUACCACCGAUAAGUGACCUAAACUGUCCAGAGAGUUGAAUAAUCAUUCGGGAUAAAUGAAUGGCUUGAGAUGAUAUUUCUGUGAAGAUAGUCCGAUAAAUAAGAUUAUUAAUUACUAAACGCCCAUUUUCGCAGUCAAAAAGCAACAUAAAGGAGUGUGCAUGCUGAGGGUGAAGAAUCACCGAAAGUGCCGCCGGCAAAACUGGAUAACUAGUUCAUUACCUAUGCUUUGUAAACCGAUUUACAUCCACACCGUGACCUUGAACAAUAUCCAAGGGUUAAAAGGUUGGCCGCGCCGUUGGAUCCACACAAGCAGCACAAGUUACAUUUAGAUCAGGGAUGUCGGACAAAAAUGAUAACAUACUGCUGUCGGACGCCAAGCGAGCGGAGGCGAGCCGGCUGCCCCCCUCGCCCUCCAACAACAACAACCAGAGUGCGACGGCCGACAACAACAACAGAUCGAGCCCCCCCGAGAAGCCGCGUGGGCGCAAGGAGGGUCUAUACGCGAAGAAGGACAGCCCGCGGAAGACGCCGACAUCGCCGGAGCGAAAGGACGACGGCUCGAGCAAGAGUUCGGGAAUCGGUCGGGACUCGACGUUGGCCCUGAGCCUGGACCCGACGAGCAUGGAGUCCCUCCCGCCGGACAAGAACGAGAGCGAGUACGAGUCGUGGUUGACCCUGGCGAGUCCCCCGGUGGAGCGACCGCAGCACAUCCUGUCCGGCAGGCACGAGCGGGACUCGAUAGACUCGAGCACGAUGGACGUGAUGUUCCAGGAGGAGCUGAACGCCAAGGGAAAGGCGGAGAAGUCCAAGAUACCGGACGGCGGAUGGGGCUGGAUGGUGGUCCUGGCCUCCCUGAUCAUCUCCAUGAUCGCCGACGGCGUGUCCUUCAGCUUCGGUCUGCUGUACAUCGAGUUCCUGAACGCCUUCGGCGAGUCGAAAGCGAAAACCGCCUGGAUCGGCUCGCUCUUCAUGGCGGUGCCGCUGCUGUCGGGGCCGGUAAUGUCCGCCCUGGUGGACAGAUACGGCUGCCGGAGGAUGACCAUCCUCGGGGGGCUCAUUUCAGGCCUCGGCUUUGUCCUCAGCUGGCAGGCCAAUUCCAUUGAGGUAAUGUAUCUGACUUUUGGGCUGCUUGCUGGAUUGGGUUUGGGUCUGUGCUAUGUAACUGCGGUCGUCAGUAUUGCGUAUUGGUUCGAUAAGAAGCGCACACUGGCCGUUGGCCUCGGCGCCUGCGGCUCGGGCAUUGGUACUUUUGUCUAUGCGCCCAUGACGACCUUCUUCAUUGAUGAGUAUGGGUGGCGGGGCACUUGUUUGUUGCUAGCGGGCACUUUCUUCAAUCUCAUUGUUUGUGGAACUGUUAUGAGGGAUCCCGAGUGGUGGCUCAUUGAGCAGAACAGGGAGAAGGGGGUGGGGACGCCCAGGAAGAGCCUCGCUAGGUCAGAGGGCGGGAGGUCCUACUCGGCUAUCAGCACGGAGGAGUUCCCCGGGGUGGAGGAGCUCAGGAGGCUGCUCAAGAGCGGGAAGGCGCCCGAGUACUUGCUGCAGAGCUUGAGGACCAGCACCGAAGUGCCCGCCGGCAAUCAGCCGCAGGGGACGGGCUUCAGGAGUGUUGUCAAUCUUCCCACUUUUGUUAAACAGAGCGAAAAGGUACCUCUAGAGGUAUUGGAGUCUCUCUCGGGUAACUCGAGGCUCUACAACGUCAUCCUCGAGAAUUACCCGAGUCUUCUGCUGUGCAGAAGUCUGUCGGAUAAAAAACUCGACGAUCAGACGACAGACGCCAACAAGACCGGCGUGACCAUGUCCAUGAGGUUACACAAUUGGUCUGAUAUCUGCAUCCACUGCACCCCUUUUAUUUUUACUUAUAUUAUUAUUUACGCGUUAUUCCAUGCACAUGUAGUUGGGAAUAACAAUUCUCUCCCGUGGGCUUUGGGUUUGAUUGGGAUUUUUUUUUUCAGGAUUAAACAAGCGACUGAGAAGUCCCCACCGCAGCCGGUGACAACGAAGGACUCGCGUCCGGGCUCCACUCACGCCUCUACGAAGGUCUUGGCGCAGAGGAGAAUGUCCAAGAAGGAUUUGGAAGUGGCUAACCCACUUUUGGCGAAGGAAUUGGCACAAGCUAUAGCAGAGGCAGAGAAGACGAAGAGCAGUUCGAAGCAUCAUCUCCCCGGUUUCGGUGGUGGUGUCGUGAGAACGGACUCUCUCCCCUGGCUCAGACGACAGUUUAACACUAAUACUCAUUACUUCAAGGACAUAAGAGUACACAGGAAUUCGUUGAUGUAUCGUGGGGCUGUGAUGAAUCUCCAUAAGUAUAGAUUGAGAGCCAGCAGUUGUCCGAAUAUCUACAGAAACAGCAUGACGACUUUGGCGAAGGAAAAUGAAGAAAAGUGGUACAGCGAGCUGGUGGAUCUCCUGAAAGGCAUGAUGGACUUUUCAAUGUUCUUGGAGCUGCACUUCCUACUCCUUUCGUUAUCAACGAUUCUUCUAUUCACGUGGUUCAUCGUGCCUUAUUUUUAUCUCGCUGAGCAUCUCACGAGAAACGGAUACUCAGAGGCUGAUGGUGCUCGAUUACUUAGUAUUAUUGGAAUUACGAAUACUAUAGGAAUGAUUGGUCUGGGCUGGGCGGGUGACCAGCCCUGGAUGAACGUCAGCAAAACGUACACAUUUUGCUUAAUAGCCUGUGGAAUUGCGACAAUCCUGAUGUCAGUAUUCACCCACCACUACACUUUACUGAUGAUAACAACCGCCUUCUUCGGCCUCUUCUUCGCCAGCAAUUUUAGCUUCACGCCUGUGAUCCUCGUGGAGCUGAUCCCCCUCGAGAGAUUCACAACUGCCUAUGGCCUGAGCCUCCUCUGCCAGGGGAUUGGCAAUCUCAUCGGUCCGCCGCUGGCUGGCCUGAUGUUCGAUAUAACGCAGUCCUGGGAGUUGUCGUUUCUCCUGGCCGGUGGCUGGAUCAUCGUGUCGGGGCUCCUCAUGGGGAUGAUACCGUGCACGAAGAACAGGAAAUUGUGGGGCAGUGGCCCCAUGGAGAUGGAUAGGAUCGGCGAGAGGGAGUGCGAUGCUUAGGUUCCAAAUUCAAUUUUGCGGGGAAUUUUCCUUGGAACAAUCUGAUUGUUGAAUUGUUUUCACGCAUGAAAAAAUUCAAUAGAAAACCUGACUAGAAAAUUCUAGUAGAAUUCUAUAAGAUUUCUAUUGGAAUUCUAUUGAAAAAUUCUGUUUGUUUUUUGCGCUGAUUCCAUCGGAUACUCUAUUUUACGUGGAAUUUUCCUUGGAACAAUCUGAUUGUUGAAUUGUUUUCACGCAUGAAAAAAUUCAAUAGAAUACCUGACUAGAAAAUUCUAGUAGAAUUCUAUAAGAUUUCUAUUGGAAUUCUAUUGAAAAAUUCUGUUUGUUUUUUGCGCUGAUUCCAUCGGAUACUCUAUUUUACGUGGAAUUUUCCUUGGAACAAUCUGAUUGUUGAAUUGUUUUCACGCAUGAAAAAAUUCAAUAGAAAACCUGACUAGAAAAUUCUAGUGGAAUUCUAUAGGAUUUCUAUUGGAAUUCUAUUGAAAAAUUCUGUUUGUUUUUUGCGCUGAUUCCAUCGGAUACUCUAUUUUACGUGGAAUUUUCCUUGGAACAAUCUGAUUGUUGAAUUGUUUUCACGCAUGAAAAAAUUCAAUAGAAAACCUAACUAGAAAAUUCUAUUGGAAUUCUAUAGGAAUUC